ACUCGGUAAACGAUGAGUCCUGAAGAAAGGGAAGAGCCCAAGAAUGCAGAACCUCCAAGAGAAGGAAGAGAAACUAAAAAUGACUUAAAAACAAGAGCUGUGAACAAGUACAAAGAGAAAAAAAAGAGAUUUCACAUAACAAAUUAAAUAGGACCUGAAACACUUGACACACCCUAUUCCUUAACUCACUUCCUCUUCUCUUGUGUCUUGUCAAAAAGCUCUCUGAUCUCUCGCCCACCGCCUCUUCUUCUGCUCGUAUCGACCAAAAGACAUUCGAGUAUCUCUCUCAUUUCCCUACACUGUUAUCAUGUUAGGUUAUAUAAAUAAAUAUAUACAUGUGUAUAUCGGAUACUAAUAUUAAUAUCUAUAAUGCAGAGGUCCCACGAGUUUUAUUUCUGUUCGCCAGCUGCUAAUUUCGCAUCGGCCAGAAAAAAACUCACUUCUUUUGUAUAAGAGUUUCUUUACUUUCUCUGUAACCCCAAAACCCAAAGGCCAAAGGCAUUCUCUCUCUCUCUCUCUCUCUCUCUCUCUCUCUCUCUCUCUCUCUCUCUCUCUCUCUCUCUCUCUUUCUACUUAUUAACCUCUCUCUUCUCCCGAAAAGUCCCUUAAUAAGCUUUCGCUUUGAUAUCAGAUCUCUCUCAGUCUCAGCUUUUGAGAUGCGUGCUCCUUUAGGGCUUUCCUUUUAUACCCCAAAACGAGGCAUUUCCUUCCUUCAUCUAACCCUUUCCUCCUCUUUCUCUCAUACGUUAUAAGAAAGGGAUCCAGAGAGAAAAGAGAGUGAGCGAGAGAAAGAUAUGGCAAAUGUGGAAGAGAUACAAUGUGGAUCUAUGUUGUUCAGGCAAGAGGAGCUGCGAGAGAUGAGUGGGGUCAAUGUUGGUGGCGGUUACGUUGAGGUUAUGUGUGGUUGUACUAGCCACCGUUACGGUGAUGCCAUUGCUAAACUUAGGGUUUUCCCCAACGGCAAUCUCGAAAUCACCUGUGAAUGCACGCCCGGCUGUGACGAAGACAAGUUAACACCAGCUGCGUUCGAGAAGCAUUCUGGCAGAGAAACGGCUAAAAAGUGGAAGAACAAUGUGUGGGUUAUCGUUGGAGGCGAGAAGAUUCCACUGUCAAAGACAGUACUGCUCAAAUACUACAAUGAAGCAUUAAAGAAGUGCAAUAGAUCAAACAGAAGAUCACAAGGUACCAAAGUAUUCCAUAGAGAUGAGUUUGUUGGGUGCAUCGAAUGUGGUAAGGAGAGGAGGUUCAGGUUGAGGAGCAGAGACGAAUGCCGCUUGCACCACAACGCAAUGGCUGAUCCAAACUGGAAAUGCUCAGACUUUCCAUACGACAAGAUUGAUGGUGGUGGCAGGAUAACAUGUGAGGCAGAGGAAGAGAGAGGAAGCAGGAAAGUGUAUAGAGGAUGCACACGUUCGCCAACUUGCAAAGGCUGCACUUCUUGCGUCUGUUUUGGCUGCGAGUUAUGCCGUUUCUCUGAUUGUACUUGCCAGACGUGUGUGGACUUUACCAGCAAUGUCAAAGCUUGAAGAAGUGUCCACUAAAGAAUAAUGUCUUGCAUUUAAAACCAUGUAUUCUUAAUUUCCAGACUUUUAUAUCUUCUAUUUAUCUGAUGGCUCGUUGAAUGGAUUGAGCAAUUAACAAAGUAAAAAAAAAUGGUGGAUUUCCUAGAAGAACAUGCGCACGAGCAUGCUUCGGUUAGUGCAUGUCUUUCUUUUUGUAUUGGUCUAGUG